AUGAAAUUUCUCGCCGCUCUACUCCUCCUCGCCGUCGCCGUCGCCCUCCCCGUCGAGGCGUGCAAGUGUCUCGGCAAGAAGGGCCACUUGAACACCGGCAACACGAAGACCUGCUGCAAGCAGCUCAACGGCGCGUUCCGCGACGGAAACGACUGCGAGGCCAGCACCAUCUCGGAGCAUCUCCGCGAGUUCAGGUCGUGCUGCGAGAGCCACAACAGCGCUACCUCCGACUGCGAUUUUCCGCCUUAA